CUUAGCACUCACAUCGCGGUGCCUCGCAAAGUGGCACGAUCCUCCUCUUCUUGGAUCACUCACGCGCGAUUAUCAGUGGCAUUCACAAGAGGAGAACAAGUCCGGAUGUUCUGGUGGGAUUCUGUGCCAAAAAACAAAAAAUAAUCUCACCAGUCGCGUGUCAUCUCGAACAAUUCCCGCGCCAAAAAGGGGAAUCCUUUCCGCGAAUCUGGUUCGUGUGCUUCCUCUAAAAGUGCCAAUAUCCUGAAGUGACAAAAAAACCGUGGAUUACUAGUUUAUUGACUCACUUGCCAAAACUGACAAAGUGUGUAACAUCUUUUUUAUUUGAAUUUUUGCCAGUACUUCAAUUCUGUGAAUUAUUUGUGCAAAGAGAAAUUGUUCUAACUGUCGUUCUCUUGACUUGGUAGAACCUCAAAAUCAAAGUGUUUUAAGUGAGUGAUUUAAAGAAAGUUCAUUAAUUCUUUUUAGUGCCAAAAGUGACAAAAUAGCGAGGAAUAAUACAGCAAUUUGUGCAAUAAAUUGGAGUCAACAGAUGGUUAUUAUCUGAGUUUUAAAGAAAAGAAUAAGCCGUUUGAAAGAGUUUCCAGGCAAUUUUGGAGGAUUUAUUUCACAUGACUCUCAGCAACUGCAGAACAAACUUUUUGGCAGUAAUCACUAUCCCAAAUGAUAAUCCCAACUCCAAAGUGAAAAUCCAGUAGACAUGAAAUGUGGUAUGUUCUGUGAUUUGGCCAAAAGAGUGCGGAGUGUGAUUUCGGUGAGCCAGAGCAGUUAAGACUAAGAUGUAUUGCACAUGCGAUCGUGGUCUUAGUAGUUACCUCCAGCAACAUCCGUUCUCCACACUCCCGCGCGCCCCCUUCGUCGCGGCCGGACGCACGGUUCCCCGUCGCCCGCCACUGCUCACAUCAUCCCUCUCUGGUGCCAGGUCAUGUGUCAACCUGCCCACCGGCGAUUGUCAGUGUCCCACCGAGCGCCCCUAUCACUCUGCCACCGGCGGUAUAUGCGACGUCCACGCCGGCCAUGUGAUCCCGUGACGUUACAGUUGCUCCUGUAGAUCUCUCCAAUCCCAUCAGCAUUGCCCCCAGUCCUGCUGGACCAUCCAACAGCCCCCCGCCGUGUGCCCUCAAUCCCACUGGCCCACGGAUCCCAUUCCCUGCCUGUCAUCGCACAGCCAGACGCUGGGCAAUCAACAGCAGCCAGAGAUGCUGGGCGUCUCCAACGGCUGUGGAUCACCUGCCAUGUCAGCAUCUCCACCACCAGCGCCACCGCCACCAGCGUCCAGACACCAUCCCUUCAACAUCGGCGGCUGUUCGCGGUGUCGUUUCGCCACCAUUGCAACACCUACGCACAACAGGCGUGCUAACUCGGCAGGGCAUCACCUAGAAAUGCGUCACCCUAAUUAUAACGCACAGGCCAACUCCUACACAGGGUAUGAUCCACGAAGUAGACUACAAGAGGAUGAGGAUUCCGCCUGCCCAGCACUUCUUGAGCGAGAAUUCCAUUCACUCCAUCGAAAUGUGCCAGCUUUAAGGCGCGCUGGUGUUGACACUAAUGCAAUACGACAGCAUUUUUACCCAGACGGUGGUUGGGGUUGGAUCGUUUGUGGAGUCUCCUUCCUGGCCCAUGUUAUAACUACGGGUUUUCAACUCUCCUAUGGACUGUUGUUGCUGUACGCCAUUCGGCAUUUGGGGCAUGAAGUAGCAACGGAAGCAGGGUGGCUUGGAGCUGCCAGCUGGUCCGUUUCGAUGCUGUCUGCCACUAUAGUUGUAGCACUGUGUCGUCGAAAAUCCACCCGUUUGACUGCGGUCCUUGGAGGAUUAGUCCUUGCCCUGGGAAUUCUCUUCACGUCCUUUGCCACGCAGCUCCACCAAGUUGCCUUCAGUUACGGAAUUGUCGUUGGUGCUGGAGCUUCAAUGGUGCGAGAGUCUGCAGCCGUGAUGCUGGGCCUGUACUUCAAGCGACGUAGGCAAUUUGUAGAAAUGGUAACGUUAUCAGGCGAAGGGAUAGGUGUAGCAUUAUUUUCGGUGAUCCUGAAGGAAGGUGUAGGAAAGAUGGGAUGGCGCUUAGGCCUUCAGGCCGUGACGGGAUUUGUGGCGUUGAGCUUCUUCAUGGGUCUCCUCUAUCGACCAGCUUCGCUGUACCAUCCACAGCGCAGAGCCAUUCUCCAUCUCAAGAACCAAAGGAAGAAGGUCAAAGAAAAGAAAACCCACAUUCGUACACCAAAACCACCCUUCCUCGAUUUUACCCCAUGCAAAUCAUCCACCGUCCGGAUUCUCAUAAUUUCAGCAUCCGUUGCCGCUCUUGGAAUUUAUACACCCAUCUUCUACAUGUCCCUUCAUGGCUACCAAGAGAGCUACGACAUGCAAGAUUUGGUGCUAGUGCAGACCUUCUUGGGCCUUUCUGUUGCCGUGGGUGUAGUAGCAAGUGGAUCAGCCAUUAAUCGCGUCUGCCAACUGUCCUACAGGAAAUUCAGCAUAUCUCGUCAAUACGUCUGUCAAGGAUGUCUGACACUCGCUGCCAUUUCGAUAUUGAUCCUGUCUGCGGUGUCCGGCUACAGGAGUCUGUGUCUCUUGGCCUGGACAUAUGGCCUGGGCUUGGGUGGCUAUCGAUACACCCUCAAGAUGCUGGCACUAGAACGGGUGAGAGCAAAGCACUUCAGCAAAUCAUGGGGCUUCAUCAAGAGUGCUGAAUCUCUGCCUGUGCUCCUUGGGGUACCGAUGGCAGCCUUUCUCAAUGAUGCAAGCCACAGAUAUGGUCGUGCUGGAUACUACAUUUGCUCAGCAGCCACAGCCAUCGCCUCAAUCCUUCUCUUCUUUGUCGGCUAUCCAGAUGGCAGACAGAACUUUUCCAAAUAUUCAGCUAAUGGAUCUAUCACUUCGCACUGCACUGGCCCAGUGUCAUCCAGUGAGUGCCCGGACUUACUCAACCGGAGCUAUUCAUCCCGCUAUGGAACACCCUGGUACCAUAGUCCGCAUACAAGUAUGACGAAUGGUGGAUGUCCCAGUGGACAUCACCAAUUUCAUCGGCAGAACCGCUAUGGUAACGGCGUUUAUCCCAACGGAACAAUUGGCUCAAGCCACGGGCGGUUGCACAAAAGCCUCUCGUUUGCCUUCCAAUCCCCACAUCACAUGUGGGGUGAUUACCAGCAGCCACACUCCUGUCAUCAAGCACACAACGUCAUCGAUCGAUGUUAUUCAAGGUGCGACAUGCACAGAUCUCAGUGCAAUAUAAAUGGCUUCCAGAGCCAUCCCUCUCGAAGUCGUUCCGUUCCAGAGGGUCUGGCGUUUACUUCGCAUGGUUGUGACUGCCCCUGGACAGGUCGUUGCGCCUGGCAAUCAACAGGAUAAAUAAUAAAUACAAAUUAACAUUUUUGACGCUGUGAGAGGAAGUUUGUAAAGAUAUUUGUGAAAUAAAUUUAAUAAAAUGGUGGAGUAUACAUGGACUAAUACUUAUAUUCAUUUUUAUAAAAAAAGAAUAUUUUUAAAAAAUCACCAAAUUUUUAUUUUUUGUUAUGCUAUAACUAAAUUAAACUUUUGAAAAAAAUAAAUAAAUAAAUAAAAUACCUAAAUUUCAUUGUUAAAAAUCCAUUACAGGGAGUUCCGCUUUUAAAGAAAUUCUCAGGAUCGAAAAAGUCCCGCGAAUUCACUUCAGUGACACAGAAAAAUUGCAUACUCACAGGAGAGGUCUUUAGAAUAAGUUAUGGAAACGCCGUCAUGUAUGCAAAACAUUUUCGUCGCCAAUUUUUCAGCCUACACUCAGUCCGGGGAUUAUGCACAUUUUCGGGAUCGAAAAAACGCUCGAAAUGGUUUUAUGCAUCGAGAAAAUUAGCGUACCCGCAGGGGAUUUCUUUUGAAUGAAUCUGUCGUAGAACGAAUUUUACGCGGAAUAAAAGUAGUCAGAACAAAAAGAUUCACUUUUUUAAAAGAAAUUCAUCAACAAACAGAAUUCUUUGGCCAGAUUUCUUCAAUAAAUUGUUAGAAUCAGGGGGUGACAUUAGCUCUGAAAAAUGCGAUUAGUUUUAGUGUAAAUUUUUUCCUGUUUUCGUACACAUUUCACGAGAUAUCUGCAAAACUACGUAGGUUGCUAAUUUGGGGUUUUCAGUUGCCUAUUCUAUAUUAAAUUGGCUUUUAUUUUGUAUUUGAAUUAUUUCCUAAUCCAUUCUACAAUGACAGAAAAUAGCUAAUAAACUCAAAAGUUUUUUCGCCACGCUACAAACAUAUGGGAAACAUAGGAAACGUCAUGCCCCUGGUUAGAAUAUUUAAAAUUUUUACCUUUAUAAGAGAAAUUAAAGUUUUAUACUGAAAAAUAAGCAUAGUAUCUUCAAAUUUUCCGCGUCACAAAAUUGUAUACAUUUAGACGUAUUUCAAAAAUGAUUUCAUAAAUUGACUCCUAUAAGUAGACAAACUUGCAUAUUUGUAUGUGCAUAAUCUCGUCAGGGGCAUAAUCCCGAAGUGCAUAAUGCCGUGACUGAGUAUAUUUUCAGCGCCAAUCGUUCGUAAGAAAUGUAUUUUGAAUUUACUGCGAGAAAAAUAUUUGCAUACAUUUAUGGGCAGUUCAAAAAUUAUUUUAAAAAUGAGCUCCCAAUAGUACUCUAAAAAAAUGUCUUGUUGAACGAACAAAUGGAUUUUGUUGAAAUUUUGUGAAAAGGGUGUUAUUUACCAAUUUGUCAAAAUUUUUUCUUGCAUUUUAUGGCCUCUACACAUUGGAAGCAAUUUUUGUCAAAAAUUGCUUUUUUGAAGGAAAUUCCCUGCAGCGUGUAGGGGAAAACGCCAAAUUUCUGUCAAAAACGCAAUUUUUGACGAAAAUUGCUCCCAAUGUGUAGACGCCUUUAUAUGGAAAAACACCCUUUUGACAAACUUUUAACAAGAUCCAGUUGGCCGCCAAUUUGACAAAACUUUUCCAUAUACUGUAUGGAAGAACAUCCUUUUUACAAACUUGUCUUGUUAAUUUGACAAAACAUUUUUUUCAGAGUAGGCAAUUCAUAUCAAAUUCUUUUAAUCCGUUUUCACUUAAGCCGGAACUCCCUGUACUUUUAUAAAUUGUUAAUUCAAUUACCUGAAUUUCUCAAGUUUUAAGGAUUUACUACAGAAAACGGUUAUGGCCAUUAGUGUAGCCAUUUUUGAGAUGAUUCUAGACUAAUGGCCACUUUUUGACAAUCUUUGGAGAAUUGUAAAUAUUCAUUUGAAAUAUGUGUGUUAAGUUUCUAGGGCAAUGAGGAGAAAGUUUAACGAUGAAGGUCCUAAUUUUCAUCUGCUACUGCUUAGUUAAACCGUUUGGAGCAAAUUGAUGAAUUGUGAAUCUCAAAGAGAAGGACUUCUUAAGUGAAGAAGAGCCCGUAAAAGAUAGUUAUAAAUGGAUACAAAGCAGCCAUAGGUUAUGACUCCACUUUCUUUAUUUGUUUAACAUUUGAGUGUCCCAUCUUUCAGUUCAAAAUAUUACCUCAAUCAAUUAUAUCGUUACCCAUAGUUACCUCUAAAUUAGUUGAUUGAACCUCAAGUAUUUCAUCAAUAAAUUAUAACUGACUCUCACAGCAAAAUCGCAAAACGAAAGUUCUUCACUUUGGAAUUGACUAUAGAUAUAAGAGCCUAUUUAUUAAAUUGCAUAUAGAAUAAUUAAUAAAUUGUAUUAAAUUAAUUUGAGAAAAUCAAUUUUAAAAUUGUAACUUAUAUUGCAGUUGUAUAUCAAUAAAAGAAAUGGAAGAAAUUAAAAU